AUGGGUUCCAACACACUUGAAUAUGAUGCCCUGAUUGUGGGAGCCGGCUUUGGCGGAUGUCAUGUCUUGAAGACGUUGCGUGAUAGGGGCUUCAAAACCCUCGCGGUUGAUGAUGGAGAUGAUUUGGGUGGUGUCUGGCACUUCAAUCGAUAUCCAGGCGCAAGAGUCGAUAGUAAAGUACCACUUUACGAGUUUUCCAACAAAGAGGUGUGGUCAGACUGGAACUGGACGGUCAAAUACCCGGGGUGGGCUGAGAUUCAAGAUUAUUUCCAACACGUCGAGGCAAAACUCCACUUGAAAAAGGACAUCAGGUUCAACACUCGCAUAACUGCGGCGCAAUUCGACGAUAGUGUCGACAAGUGGCAUAUCACAGCACAAGAUGGUUCCGAGUUCAUCGCUCGCUAUUUCAUUUUGUGUAUUGGGUCCUUCGCAAAACCUUACAUCCCCGACUUCAAGGGAAUUGACACAUUUACUGGAGUGCAUUGUCACACUUCAAACUGGCCUCGGACCGGAAUUGAGUAUGCCGGGAAAAGAGUCGGAGUCGUUGGCAAUGCAUCGAGUGGGCUCCAGACCAUCCAGGAAAUCGCACCGGAUGUCAAACAUUUGACAGUCUUUCAACGCAGUCCUACGUAUGCUUUGCCGAUGAGACAGGCCAAGCUGACAGAAAAGGACCAGGACAAGAGUACCUACGAAGCAAUCUUUGGAAAAAGAAGUACAAUGUUCGCAGGGAUCGACCAAGAGUUCAACUGGGACUCAUGUGUGAAAGCCACAGAUGAAGAGCGCCAAGCGUUCUUUGAAGGACUUUGGGAGCAAGGAGGACUCUUGUUUUGGCUUGCCAACUACCAAGAUGUCAUUAUAGACAAAGAGGCGAACGCAUAUGCUUAUACCUUCUGGCGCAACAAGGUAAUUCAACGCAUCAAGGAUCCUAAGGUUGCAGAGAUACUAGCUCCUGAAAUUCCUCCAUUCUUUUUCGGAACCAAGCGCGCAACCUUGGAGCAACGAUAUUACGAGGUGUACAAUCAGGAGAAUGUGGACCUCAUCAAUGCCAAAGUAAAUCCGAUCAAGGAAAUUGUACCAUCUGGUGUGAUUACCGAAGACGGCAUUCUUCACGAACUCGACCUCCUAGUCCUUGCCACCGGCUACGAUGCCGUCACGGGUGGCUUUACGGCGAUCGACAUAAAGGGCUCGAAAGAGCAAUCACUCAAGGAGAAGUGGUUGAAGGGAUCGCACACGGCAUAUGGGAUGGCGACAGCUGGGUUCCCAAACAUGUUUUUCCCUUACGGGCCACAAGCCCCGACCACAUUCUGCAAUGGCCCUACCUGUGCUGAGAUACAGGGCGACUGGAUUGCGUCGGCUUUGGAAUUCAUGCGUGAAAAGAAGCUUACCAGAAUUGAUGCAAAAGAAGAGACAGAGGCAGCAUGGCGGGAGCAGGUCAACAUGAUUGGCAACAUGACACUGAUUCCGCAGACUCAGUCAGAAUAUAUGGGCACGAAUAUACCGGGCAAACCAAAGGAGAUGUUGAAUUAUCUCGGGGGACUGCCGCGAUAUGUUGAGCAGAUCGAGGCUGUUCGUGAUUCUGGCUAUGCAGGUUUUGACUUGAAGUAG